AUGUUGGAUUUUGAAUAGGAUUUUUAUAAAUUUGUCAAAGCCCAAUUAGACAAAAAAAGAGGAAUCAAAAAAUUACCCUCAAAUGAUUAGCACUAUCAUGAGGAAAUAAUUCAAAGUAUAAAAUCAUCAUUUUAUAAAGGAAAUAGGUUAUAGAGUGAUAACAUACAAAAAGUCUUAUAAAAUGAAAGAAAAAAGAUGAAAAUUAAUAAAGUCACAAAAGAAUAACAUUUUGAAAAUAAAAUGAGAGAUUUUUCAUCAAUGGACACUUUUAUUGAUGUUAAAUUCUUUCUUAAGAAUCUAAAUGAUUAAUAAAUGAAAAAGAAUCGUAAAAAAUUACCAAAACUCAUUAAAAGAUCAAAAUCAUAUAGCAAUAAUGAGGAUUUAUUUGAUUAUGCAGAAAUUGUAUAAAAAAGUAAGAAAUUUAUAGCUAAUUCACGACAUUUCAGAUCUAAACCUCAAAUAGAAGUUUAUUUAUAAUAAACUGAUAAUGAAUUUACUCAAAGAUCCAAGAUAAUUGAAGAUGGAAGAUCAACAAAUGAAAAAUUCUAUACAGGAAUUGAUUAAUUAAUAACUGAUAUUAAUCAUAAUAAUGCUUUAAAUGAGAUGGAUAAGAAAUACGAGAAAGAGAGAAAGAAAAAUAGAGAUUCAAUGAAUUCAGAAUAAAUUAUCUAGUCAUUAAUUCCAUUAGAUUUUGGAAAAGAUGAAAUUGCAAUAGAAGCAGGAAAAAAUUUUAAAGAAUAAUCAUAAAAGGUUUUAUAACUUUUAGAAAGAACAACUAAAAUGCUUUAUAAAAAUAAAAUACCUUAACCUCCUAAUUAAAAAAUAUUAAAGUAAUAAUAGCAAUAGCUUAAAGAACUUAAAUAGUAAUUACCUAAUUCUAUUGAACCUAAAAGUCAAAAAUAAAUCUUAGUAAAAAGUAGAAGUGAAAGUAACGAUUUGAAAUUCCCAUAAUUAAAUGGUAAAUUAAUAAAUCCACUUGUAAGAAGAGUAAUCCCAUUAUAACAAACUAGUCAUGCAACUCUUCCUGAAAUUUAACCUGGUUCUUUUCUAUCUUUAAGAGAUGAUAAGAAGUUUGAAAAUCUUCAUUAUUUUAAAAGUCCUUAAAAUUAAUCUAAACAAGAUGAUCAUCAUAAUAAUUCUAGUCAUUAAUCUAUAAGUCUUAAUUUAAAAAAUUAAUUUGGAGAAUUUUUAACAUAAGUAAACUAUUUUAAUUAAUUUAAGCUUGAUGAUGCAUAAGAUUAAUUUUAAAAAUAAUAUCCCACAGAUUCUUAAUUAUAAAAAAUUUAGAAUAAUAUGAGCAAGAAGAUGAUGUAAAUUGGUAAAAUACCUUUAGAAAGUUUUAAAUAUUUAACAAAAAGGAAAUUUAAUGUUUCUAAAAAGUAUGAAUUAAGAGGUAAAAAAAAUAAAGCACUUCGAAAUUUAUGA